ACCUUCCCGGGCCGCGGUAGCAACUGCAGAACUGCAGGAGACAAUCUUUCUAGACAAGGCGGCGGCGGCGGCGGCGGCGGGGGACGGAGUGCCUGGAGGGGCCGGCCUGCGUGCACCGCGCACCUCGGGAGCCUGAUCGCGCGUGGAACGGCUGCCUCGGGAAGACCUGGCCAGAAGAGAAGAUGUUUGGUUUCCACAAGCCAAAGAUGUACCGAAGCAUAGAGGGCUGCUGCAUCUGCCGGGCCAAGUCCUCGAGCUCCCGCUUCACCGACAGUAAGCGCUACGAGAAGGACUUCCAGAGCUGUUUCGGGUUGCAUGAGACGCGUUCCGGAGACAUCUGCAACGCCUGCGUCCUGCUGGUGAAAAGAUGGAAGAAGCUGCCGGCAGGAUCCAAAAAAAACUGGAAUCACGUGGUAGAUGCAAGGGCAGGGCCCAGUCUAAAGACCACACUGAAACCAAAGAAAGUGAAGACUCUGUCUGGAAGCAGGAUGAAAAGCAACCAGAUCAGCAAGUUGCAAAAGGAAUUUAAACGUCACAAUUCGGACGCUCACAGCACCACCUCCAGUGCCUCUCCAGCUCAGUCCCCGUGCUACAGUAACCAGUCAGAUGACGGCUCAGAUACAGAGAUGGCUUCCGGCUCCAGCAGAACACCGGUCUUCUCCUUUUUAGAUCUCACCUACUGGAAAAGGCAGAAGAUCUGCUGUGGGAUCAUCUACAAGGGGCGUUUUGGGGAAGUGCUCAUCGACACGCACCUCUUCAAGCCUUGCUGCAACAGCAAGAAGCCGGCCGCCGAGCCCUCGCCGGCGCCCCAGGGCCCCGAGCCGCUGCCCAUGGCCCCUCAGGAGUGGUGACCGCUGCCCACGGGCCCGGCGGCAGAGCAGCAGAGAUUCUGCGAAGACCACGAAGCGACAAACUGACCCUCUUAACGUUUUCACCCGGAUACCUGCUAUUCUGCCAAAAGACAAUUUCUAGACUAGUUCUGAAUGGGUUCUCUCCCCAGGUCCACACAUCCUGAAGCCAGUGUCUCGCUUACUGAAAGAAAGAAUACGUGUACAUAAUAUUUAAGAUGCUGAGGAUCUCAUAGGAAGCUGAAUGCUGCUGUAAAGUGCUCUUUAAGUCUUUUUUUUUUUUUUUUUUU